AAUGAAGCUUAUAAAAUAGCUUGGGAGAAGCCGGUUAACAAGACCACACAUCUCAAAUUGGAGGAGUUUGUGUUUGGAAACUGCCUUCAUCUUUACAGAAAAGCCCCAGGAUGGUGACGGCGCUGCUGCUGCUGCUUUCUGCGCUGGCCGGCCUCUUCAGUGCCGCAGAGGGACAAGCCUUCCACCUUGGGAAAUGCCCGACUCCUCCCGUGCAGGAGAACUUUGAUGUGCACAAGUAUCUUGGACGAUGGUAUGAAAUUGAGAAGAUCCCAGUGAGCUUUGAGAAGGGAAGUUGCAUCCAAGCCAACUACUCACUAAUGGAAAACGGAAACAUCAAAGUGAUAAACCAGGAGUUGAGGCCGGAUGGAACUGUGAAUCAGAUUGAAGGUGAAGCCACUCAGGCCAACAUCACAGAGCCUGCCAAGCUGGGAGUUAAGUUUUUCUGGUUGAUGCCAUCUGCUCCGUACUGGGUCCUGGCCACUGACUAUGAGAACUACGCUCUUGUGUACUCCUGUACCACAAUCGUCUGGCUUUUUCACAUGGAUCACGUUUGGAUCUUGGGAAGAAACCCUUACCUCCCUCCAGAAACAGUGACCUACCUAAAAGAUAUCCUGACCUCUAAUGACAUCGACAUCGAAAAAAUGACUGUCACAGAUCAGGUGAACUGCCCUGAGUCUCUGUAAGAGGCUCUAAAGGGAACCUGCAUUCACUCCAUGUUACUUCUUUUGCUUUGCUUUCCCCCCACCCGCCCUUCAUAAAGACAAAGCAACCACGGCAGACAGUUGCAGACACCAGAAGGGAAAUUUGACAGCAGGAGCCUGUGGAGAGAAAGUCAAGGAACGUUGGCCCAAACACUUAGCCAUGUACCGUGUCACCUUGCCAGUCUAAUAAUAAACUUGUUGCUGACUUGCUGUGCUCACAGUA